AUGAAUGGUUUCACUGUGGAAUAUUUGAAACAUAACUUCAGUUCAUUGAGUUUGGAGCAAAAAAUUGAAGUAAAAAAUGCGGGAAGACCUACACCAGAAAUUAACUUAACUCAGACCACAAAGGGUAAAUCUAGAUACUUUAUUAGAAAGUUUAAAAUGGAAAUAUAUGAAAAGAAUAACUGGAUUUGUGGAUGCAGCACAACAAACCGUUUGUUUUGUUUUGCCUGUUUGUUGUUUGGUCACGGGGUUGCAGAGCCUGCCUGGACAAAAAAUGGAAUAGCCGACUUGGGACAUUUAGCACAAAAAAUUAAGAAACAUGAAAACACUCAAGUCCAUAUCAAUGCGCAACUGGAAAUGCAGCUUUUGGGAAAAGUAGAUAUACGGCAGCAGUUGGACAGUGCAUAUAGGCGCAGUAUUCAACAGCAAAAUGAACAAGUUAGAAAGAAUAGGUAUGUGCUUUCAAAAAUUAUUGAUUGCAUAAAAUUUUGCGGAGCUUUUGAAUUAGCCCUCCGCGAUAACGACGAAAAAGAUGGUUCAUCAAAUCCUGGUAUUUUUAGAGGUUUAAUAAAUUUCACUGCCGAAUUAGAUAUAGCACUUGAAGAUCAUUUUGAAAAAUCGACAGUAUUCAAAGGGGUAUCAAAAAUCAUUCAAAACGAAUUGUUAGAUUGCAUGUUACAAGUGGCUCAGGAAAAUAUAAGAAAAGAAAUUUUGGAAGCUGAAUUUGUUGCUGUUAUGGCUGACGAAACAACUGAUGUAGCUAAUUGUUAUCAAAUGACUACAGUAUUUAGGUACAUUCUACCAGAUGGAAGGCCAGUUGAACGUUUUUGGAAUUUUGUUACCCCCCCCCUGACCACGAUGCAGUUAGUCUCUCAGAAUGUGUGA